CCGGAAGAACCCCGAACCCCACUUCCAAGGAGGGAGCUGCUCUCCUCCCCUUCCUCUCCUAUUUCUCUCCAGUCGCCGCUUCGCCAAAACCCCAGGAAAACCUCGCGCCCCAGUGCUCCACACCAUGCGCCGCCUACUCUCGCCGGCGAAGGCGGCCGCCACUGUAGCCGUCGUGGCUGCAGCGGCGGCGGCGGCGUCGCGUGGGGACGUCGUCUACGCGGACGGCGUCUUCCCCUUCCGCCGCCAGUCCGCCGCUCCUCCUCCUCCUCCUCCUGCCGCCUCCGCCCCGGAGCCCGCCCCGGCUGUCGCGUCGUCACGCUCCAACGGGUUCGACCCUGAAGAACUGGAGCGCGGGGCCCGCGCUCUGCGGGAGAUCAAUCGCUCCUCGUACGCCAAGCAGCUGUUCGAGCUAAUGCGGAAGCAGGAGGAGGCUCGCCUGGCGGAGCUGGCGGCAGAGAAGGUCCAGUACGCUAACUACCAGAAACUCAAGGACAUCGAGAGGAGACAGAAAAUAGGCGAAGAAUAUAGAGACAAUUUGAAACAACAAUCACAAGUUGAAGCGCAAAGGUUACGCUAUGAGGAUGAAUUAACUAGGAAUAGAAUGCAGGCAGAGCGCGAAGUUCAAAGGCGACAGGAUGCUGAACUUGUGAGGAUGCAAGAGAUUACUGCCAUGAGAAGAGAGGAAGCUAGGCGUGCCACAGAACAGAAGAUUUUAGAACAAACGCUACAAAGCUAUAAAGACAAUGCUGAAAACCAGCGGGAGACAGAUAAAGUAAACGCUAUUUCGGAAGCUAAAGCUCGCGCUCAUGAAGCAGAGCUGACAGAAGAUUACAACAGGAAAAUGCUUUUGACACGCAUGGAUGGCGAAAAAGAAAAGUGGCUUGCUGCAAUAAAUACAACUUUCUCGCAUAUAGAAGGUGGGUGUAGAAUGCUAUUGACUGAUAGGCGUAAACUAGUAAUGUGUAUUGGUGGAGUUACUGCACUGGCUGCCGGAGUUUAUACUACUAGGGAAGGAGCCAGGGUUACAUGGGGUUACAUUAAUAGAAUCUUGGGUCAGCCUUCACUGAUUCGUGAAUCAUCAAUGCGAAAGUUUCCUUUGUCUGGACUUAAGGCUCUUAAACCUAGCUCAGCAUCUCUGUCGGGAGGGGCAGGCUUUGAGAAUGUUGUUCUUCACCCUUCACUCAAACGGAGGAUUGAACAUCUUGCACGAGCAACUGCAAAUACAAAAUCUCAUGAUGCACCAUUCCGCAAUAUGUUGUUCUAUGGACAUCCUGGAACUGGCAAAACUUUAGUAGCUAGGGAGAUUGCUCGCAAAUCUGGCCUUGAUUAUGCGAUGAUGACCGGAGGAGAUGUUGCACCCUUAGGAUCAGAAGCUGUUACCAAGAUCCAUGAAAUCUUUGAUUGGGCUAAGAAGUCCCGAAAAGGCAUGCUCCUUUUCAUUGAUGAGGCUGAUGCAUUCUUAUGCGAGCGUAACAGUACCCAUAUGAGUGAAGCUCAGCGGAGUGCUCUCAAUGCAUUGCUGUUUCGAACCGGUGACCAAUCAAGGGAUAUUGUACUUGUCCUAGCAACAAACCGACCUGGUGAUCUUGAUGCUGCAAUCACUGACCGGAUUGACGAAGUUAUCGAGUUCCCCCUACCUGGGGAAGAGGAACGGUUUCAGCUGCUCAAGUUAUACUUGAACAGAUAUAUGAUUAAGGAAGAUGGCAAGCGUUCUCCUUGGAGUUUACUGCUGAACAAGCAGCCGCAGAAGAUACAUGUAAGGGACAUAACUGAUGAUCUACUCAAGGAUGCUGCACGAAAAAUCAAUGGCUUCUCCGGCAGAGAGAUUGCUAAGCUGAUGGCCAGUGUGCAGGCUGCUGUCUACGGCCGUCCUGACUGUAUAUUGGAUCCCCAGUUGUUUAAUGAGGUAGUUGAAUACAAGGUUGCUGAGCAUCACCAACGCAUCAAGCUUUCUUCUGAGGCUACAGCUUGAGCAGGGUUGUAGAUUUAUUUGAUAAGCCUACCCUCUUCAUAUGUUCUUUGAUGAGAUGUGGUACUGAGAUCUAAUCUCCUCCCACUUCAGUAGCAGCUGAGAUUUUGGAUUGCAUAAUGACAGAAAAUCUAAUAAGCCAGAGUUUGUUCCAUCAAUUUUGUUCGAUGUGCUUGCUUGUAGCCAGUUGUCCAUCAGACCUUCUAAUAUGUAGGCCGUGAGUAGCCCAGCCGCUUUGAGCAUGUAUUUUCGGUUGCUAAUCUGUACUCUUGUUUAGCUACUGAAGAUGAGAGAAUAUUCUUUUGGGCUAAUGUUUCUCUGGAGGCUGUUUUUUA